GCCACUGCGGAUGUGCUGGCCGUGCCCGUGAAGGUGACCGACAGGUUCGGGAUCUGGACCGGGGAGUACAAGUGUGAGAUCGAGCUGCGCCAGGGCGAGGGCGGCGUCCGGCACCUGCGGGGGGCCUUCUUUCUGGGGGCCGAGCGGGGCUACAGCUGGUACAAGGGGCAGCCCAAGACGUGCUUUAAAUGUGGUUCCCGGACCCACCUGAGCGGCAGCUGCACGCAGGACAGGUGCUUCAGGUGCGGGGAGGAGGGGCACCUGAGCCCUUACUGCCGAAAGGGCAUCGUGUGCAACCUCUGUGGCAAGCGGGGGCACGCCUUCGCCCAGUGCCCCAAAGCGGUUCACAAUUCCGUGGCACCUCCGCUGCCCGGGGUGGCCGGGCACUGAGCACCCGCCCGCCUGCCUGCCUGCCUGCCUGCCUGCCAGGGUGAAGACAGAGCCAGUUUACCCCUCUUAAGUGCCAAAACCUUUUUUGAAACCAUUUUCUAUCGUGUUUGAAAGAGAUCUUUUUAAACAAGAGAUGUCUCUCUCUCUGCCUUCUUAAGCCGAGUGUACUCCAUUUCAGCCUUUUCUGAAUUGGUGACUCUCAUCAGUCGUGACUACCGACAACUGUUAGUGUGCAGUUAUGUCGCCAGUCCCUCUGUUGAAUUUUGUUUUCGUUUUUUGUAAUUGGGGGACAGGGGGUGGUUUGUACUUGUUACUCCCCAUGUCUUGUCUUCUCCCCCGAAUUUUCACCCUUUGGGCUGCCUUGCUCAUCUUGAUGUCCUAGCACUUAAGUACAGGGCCCAGCACGUGGUAGACACUGCGCUCCAUCAGUGUUUGUUGACUUGAAAACGUUGUUGACUGUGACUUCUGUCAGGAUGUCCAGCUUGUGCAGCUCUUUCCCUCCCCCUUAUCAUUUGCUGCUUCUAAUCUGUGUGGUCUGAGAAUUUGUGAAACCAGUGUUGUUAGAAGUGUAUGUAAUCUGAGUCAAUAAGCUCUGCAUGGUGGCCAAGGGCCUCUCUUAUGGCAUUAAAAUCCAUGGACUUUGUGACAGCUCUUUCGGUGGCUUAGAAGAGCCACACAAUUAUGGAAUCUAGAAUUGUCCUGUUGGAAAGAACCUAGAAGUUGGUUUACACCAAUCCCCUGGUUUUCCAACAGUGAAACAGGCCCAGAGAGGUUAAAUGACUGGGUCAUAAUCACAUAGCUGUCUGGUGCCCGAGCCAGCCUAGAGUUCCCUGACCCCAAGGCCAGUGCUCAUUCCACUACCUCUCACACUUCACAACAUUUUCCUCAACACUUGAGGGCCCGGAAAGCCUGAUCUCUCCAGAAUAAUGUGCCAUCUGGGCCAGAAAGCAGAAAAAGAAGAUUUCGCAGGGGCUUCUGAAUACUUGGGAGACAGAGAAGGGAUAAAAGAACAUAAUCCAGGGUGCACUUGUUCCCUGGGAUAUCACACCUGGAUUACAGUGUGCCUGGUCCUUUGGGGGCCUUUCCCUUCCCCAUUCGUUGCCACCAUGAGAAAUGGGGGUGCUCCCGAGUAAGGAAACCUAGUAAAGGUUUACAUUUGCACCUUAGUCUCAAUAGUUAGACACCCCAGAGAAGCAGCUCAUGGAGUUCAUCUGCAAACUCCUGACUCUCAGGAGAAAGGCUGUUUUAACCCAGAAUUGUAAGUGAGUUGUUAACUCUAAAAUGUACUUGUGAAAUAGGCCAUGCGAGAGAGCAUUGGGUCAACUGUUAUCAAGUUAAAGGAGAAUAGACAAUACACUACUUUGGGUUUUUGUCUUCCCUUUGCAUUCAGUUUUGCUAUUUCCUUGUGGCUUGGAAUGUAAAAUCCAUUGUUAAAAAAGUUUUGUUCUGAAUAAAUAUUUAUCUUUUGUAUUGCUAA